UCAUAAAUUAAUAAAUAAUCCAUGUUUCAAAAAAAUUUUUUUUACUGUAAUCGGUUUUCUAAAUAUUUUGAAAAAACGCACCUUGGUGCUCUCGGGUUAUUGAAAGAAAUGCAUCAGGUAACCUGUAAGUACGAGUUGCGAAAAAAAUAUACUUCUAAUUGAAAAAACGAUGCUUCAUUCGAAUUAGAAAUGGCAAAGAAAACACAACCAGCAUGGCAUCUGCCAGAUAGGAAGGACGCCCCCGUGCUGCGAUUGUACAACAGUCUGACGAGAAAAAAGGAAGUGUUUGUCCCGCAGUUUGAAAAUUGUGUUAAAUGGUACAGUUGUGGACCUACUGUUUACGAUGCGUCGCAUAUGGGCCAUGCAAGGUCAUAUAUAUCUUUUGAUAUUCUACGCCGUGUGAUGUCAGAUUAUUUUAGAUACAAUGUCUUAUAUGUGAUGAACAUUACUGAUAUAGAUGAUAAGAUUAUAAAAAGAGCAAGGCAGAAUUACUUGUACGAAAACUACGUGAAAGAAAAUCACAGCCUUAAUAAAAUGUUAGAUGACAUCAGAGAAGUAAUGACUAAUUUUGAGAAUGUUGUAAAAACUACAAAUUGCGCUGAUAAAAAAUGCAUGUUAGAGAAGAUGUUACAUAGAAUAACGAAAGCUAUUGAAGAUCUGCAGGCGGUGAAAGAGAAGGAUGAAAAAAAGAUUGCAGAGUCUCAAGAUGCAUUAUUGAGAGAGGCUAGAGAUUUCUUAGCCAAUUGGUUAGAUGAGAUUAAAGGUAGCACAGUCACAGAACACUCCAUAUUUAAUAAAUUAUCGCAGCGUUGGGAAGCUGAAUUUCAUAAAGAUAUGGAUGCUUUAAAUGUAUUAAAACCAAACGUGGUCACGAGAGUUAGUGAAUAUAUACCUGAGAUAAUAGCGUUUAUACAAGGAAUAAUAGGCAAUGGACUUGCUUAUGAAAGUAAUGGAUCAGUAUAUUUUGAUGUAAGCAAGUUUGAUAAACAAGAGAAACAUUGUUAUGCUAAGCUUGUACCAGAAGCAUAUGGCGAUACGUCAAGUUUGGAAGAGGGAGAAGGUGACUUAAGCAUUACGGCAGAUAAGCUCUCUGAGAAGAAGUCGGUAACAGACUUUGCGCUCUGGAAAAGCUCAAAGGACGGUGAACCCUGGUGGGACAGUCCCUGGGGCAAAGGACGUCCAGGGUGGCAUAUCGAAUGCUCAGCCAUGGCGUCCACAAUUUACGGAAAAAGUUUAGACAUUCAUACAGGCGGGGUGGAUCUUAAAUUUCCCCAUCAUGAUAAUGAACUCGCACAAGCGGAAGCGUAUUUUGAUAACUCCCAUUGGGUCAGAUAUUUCUUGCACUCUGGCCACUUGACUAUAGCUGGCUGCAAAAUGUCAAAGUCGCUAAAGAAUUUUGUGACGAUACAGGACGCUUUAAAGAAACACUCGAGCAGGCAGCUCAGACUUGCCUUCCUUCUGCAUUCAUGGAAAGAUACUUUAGAUUACAGCGAUAAUACUAUGAAUAUGGCUGUGCAGUACGAAAAAUUUCUUAACGAAUUCUUUUUAAAUGUAAAAUGUAGGAUCAGAAGUUUGGGGACAAACACUAUUGCUAACAGUUUUCCUAAAUGUUCCAAUUCCGAACUAGAACUCUAUGAGAAAUUUUUUCAUGCAACGGGUUCUAUACAUAAAGCAUUAUGCGACAAUAUUGAUACGAGGACUGUUCUCGAGUUAAUACGGGAGCUCGUGGCAAAUUGCAACGUGUACAUGAAUCAAAGUAAAAAUCCAAAUACGAUUCUUCUCAAGCGUAUUGCGAUGUAUAUUACUGACAUGUUUAUCAUUUUUGGGGCUAUUCCUUCCUCGUAUGACUCAAUCGGAUUUCCAAUUGAUGAUGAGGCAGUCAGUAAAAAUGUUGAAGAGACUGUUCAGCCAUAUGAUAUUCUUGAUAUUCUGAACAAUUUCCGAGAGGAAGUUCGAAAAUGCGCGAAAACCUUGAAGGCAAACGAUAUUUUGCAAGAGUGCGAUCGAUUGCGCGAUGAAAUUUUGCCGAACGUCGGUGUGCGAUUAGAAGACAGUAAUGAAGGCCCUAAAAUAAAAUUAGUUAACAAGAAAGAGUUAUUGAAGGAGAAAGAAAUUAAAGAGAAAUUAGAACACGAGAAAAUCUUGGAAAAGGAAAAAAGAAAAACAGAGGCUGCUGCUGUGGCAGCGGUGAAAGAAGCGCAGAAAAGAAUAUCGCCAAAUGAUAUGUUCAGAUUGGAGAAAGACAAAUAUUCUCAAUUUGACGAUAAGGGAUUGCCGACGCAUGAUGCCGAAGGUAAAGAAAUUAGCAAAGGCUUACUUAAGAAACUGCAAAAGUUACAGCAAGCACAGGAAAAGAAAUACAAUGAGUACUUAACUUCCACGCAAAAUGGUUGCUUGUAAGAUUUUACACAUAAGGAAGUCUACAAAGCUGUAGUGGAAGAUAGCAGUUUUAUAUUUCAACAAUUUUGUUGUAUUUUUACUUUACUAUUACAAAGAAUAAUUCUCUUGUUUAAAAGUAUUGAAAAAUCUAAAUUGCAACUUUUGACGAUUUGUGUUUUACUAAUAUAAUUUCAAGUUAGUCUGAAUACAUAUUUGAUAUUUGAAUCUUAGCUGAUAUAAAACUUUCUCUCUAAAGGUUUGUUCUAAAAGCUUUGGCUAAGAAAUUAAAUUUAGAUUUCUUAUUAGUAUCUGUUCUCUGAUCGAUUAAGUAUUUUCAGUUGUUUCAAUUAUUUCUUUAUCAAAUUAUUUUGUAAUCUAUUUUGACUGCCUCUUUUUGUAGUUUAUUUAUUAUUUUAUUGCCUCGAAUUAAUCCUUGGCUGGCGGUGGCUGGAUCACUUGAGAACUGAUGGGUAUUUAUUAGUCUCUUCGAAGUUGACUCGUAUAUCCCUUUUUAUAUCAAACUCGAAAACUGCUGUUUUAUGUACUAUAUUUCUACGCAAAGCGACUUUUUGAAAGAGUAUGAGUCAAGACCAAAGAGUAAAGAGAAACAGGAGGGAGCAUUUAGUGUUAGCGAAGCGGACGGAAAUGACUAUAUAUUCCAGUAUGAGAAGACGCUUAAGAUGGCUGCCAAUAUUGAAUGAUUUUAAUUAUUAACUGAUGAAACGUUAUUCCAUAAUUUGAGCUGUUAUUGUUGUGCCACAGGCCUGGUAGCUGGUAGUGCACCAUGAUGCUUUUAUAUCUCACAAUUAACACUUAUUUACAAUUUUUUGCGCUGAUAAACGUCAAAAAAAGUGACGCUCAAGACUGCCUGACGUACUUUUAUCCGCGAUUUACCUUUCUCCCACUACCGAUAUAUUCCCUCCUGUUUCUCUUUACUCUUUGGUCAAAACUGACCCAGCCGCAGUUGACCGAAGGAUACAUCUUGCGAUGGUUAUAUAGGAACAUAGGAUAUAAGAAUUCCAAUAUUGUAGUUUAUCAAAAUAUUGUAAUUGUCAAAAUAAAUAAAUUUUAUAAGAUUUUGUGUA